CGAUGAGCGGCGUGGGGUCAGCGCACCCGUCCGCUGCCAGUCGGCGGGCCGCGUCAGUGUCUGCCGUAAGCGUUGGAAUACGGGCCGUUUUCGAAGACUGCUCAGCUGUGAAUUUGGAAUGCUCGAAAUCUCGGCGCCGCAUCGUAUCGAAAAUGUGUUGUUCUAUCGGUAUCGGGACACGUUUGGCCCCGGCGGGCCUGCCUUGAGAGUUCCAGGCGCGAACGCAGUGGUGCCGGGACGGUCGCAGAACCCGAAUUCGCUCUGCGCCAGCAACGAUCUCGCGCUGUUCGGAACCAGCUCCCACCGCCAGUGCUCGACCACCGCGCGGGCUACGAACCCGCUAUGCCGGGAGCUGGACAUGGAGGCGGUGCAGCAACUGUGCGAGCGCAUCCUGCUCGAACGGGACGGCUCCCAUCAGGCAUUGCGUUUUCUCGCCCACAAGAUCCAGUCGCCACAGGAGAGGGAGGCCCUGCAGGCACUGCUGGUGCUGGAGGAGUGUGCCAAUCGGUGUGGGGCCAAGUUCCAGGAUGAGCUGGGAAAGUUUCGCUUCCUCAACGAGCUCAUCAAGGUGGUUUCACCCAAGUACCUGGGCAACCGUGCCUCCCAGCGGGUCAAGCAGAAAAUCAUCGAGGUGCUGUAUCGCUGGAGCAUUGAAAUGAAGCACCAUGCCAAGAUUCAGGAGGCCUACCAAAUGCUGAAGCGCCAGGGUGUCAUAGCUGUCGAUCCCGUCUACGUCAUCGAGGAUUAUGAGCCAGGCCCCGCGCCAGCACCCAGGUCCCAGAGUGCCGUCUUCGAGGACGAAGAGAAGUCACAGAUGCUGCAGAAGCUGCUGCAGAGCAAGAACCCCGAAGACCUGCAGGCUGCCAACCGACUCAUCCGCAACAUGGUCAAGGAGCAGGCGGAUCGGCGCAUGGAGAUGCUGGCGCGGCGCACGACGGAGAUAGAGACGGUGCAUAAUAACGCCAAGGUGCUGAAGGACAUGCUGGCCAACUACCGUCCAGGGGAGACCUCUGCAGAGGAGCAGGACCUCAUGAAGGAACUGUUUGAGAGCUGUGAGCGCCUGCGUCCCAAGCUGUUCCGGUUGGCUGGAGAGAUGGAGGAAAAAGACGAAGGGCUCAACGAGAUCCUGACAGCCAAUGACGAGCUGACGAACGUGAUCAACAUCUACAAGAAGACCAUGGGGCUCGAGCCAGCUGUCAACGGAGGGAGUUCCACCACCGCCUUUAACGACACCCACGCUGCAUCAACUGCGCCGGUUGCUGUUGCGGCUGCUGGCUCCCUGCUGGACCUUGGCUCCCCGGGACCCGGUGUUUGCGAAGAAUCCAAGAAAAACCCCAUCGAUCUCAGCCUGCUUGAUGACCAACUACUUGCGCUCGGCAUAGGUGAUCCAGGCCCUCCGACUGCGACUAGCAGCAUGGCAGAUCUGGGCUCCCUCUUCUCACCGGGGCUGCCCCAGGGUAGUGCAAAUGCCGGCGCUGGUGCUGGGGGUGCGGGGGCUGCCCCGUUUGCGAGCUUCGGGAAUGCCGCUGCCCCGUCGCGGCUUCCGGGUUACUCCCCGUCGCACCAGGCGAUGUCGCAGCCCACUAUGCUGGCGCCCAGCACUGCGAGCGGCCUGCUGUCCUCCCCGCUGCGGCCGACGGCCUCUUACAUUCAGCAGGGGAACCACAUGAACAACAUUGGCAGUGGGAGCAGUAACGCCGCCUCCACAGGUGGAUCUCUACUGAGCAAGUCACGCGGCCUGGAAGAACUGGAUGCCCUGGGCCAGUCCCUGAUCAAGCAGGCUCUGCCGCAUAACCCAGGCUCCCAGGGAGACUUCCCCACCACGCCACAGAAGAUUCCGCUGAACCAGAUAUCACGGCCCCUGCUGCCGGCUGCGAGCUCCAGCAGUGUUCAGGCUUCGGCAGGAGUCUUCCAGUCUGUGAAUGUUGGCCCAAAGACGCUGCCCCUUGGACCAUCUAUGCUGGCCCCCAUGGAGGGCCAUCCGCCGGGCUCCCCUUCUAAGAUGGCCACGGAUGACAUGCUGAACAACUUGUUUGUGCCCUUGGAGCAGAUUCAGCCUGGCUCACAAGCGCCACUGAACCUCCACGAGCAGAAUGGGGUGCGCGCUGUGGUACACAUCGCACGAAACCGCCCCCAGGAGCACGUGUCCGUGCUUGUCGUGUCCAUCACAAGUCAGAGCAGCCUGCCGGUCCGCCGGAUUGCUUUUCAUGCAGCUGUGCCCAAGACGAUGAGGAUCAAGGUGCAGUCACCCUCAGCCACUGAGCUACCACCUCACAACCCCAUCCUGCCAGCUGCUGCCAUCACCCAAGUCAUGCUAAUUGCCAACCCUGCCAAAGACAAGGUACGCCUGAAAUACAAGCUGAGCUACACCAUUGAGGAAGAAAGCCACACAGAUUCCGGAGAAGUGGACUGCCCCGUGGACACAGCUGUUGCUGCCACCUCAUGAUGAUGACAGCUGCUCGACAUAAGGCCUGAGGACGCCACCACCGCUGCUGGUUGACGACGAUACCAUUGCUGCAACACAAACACACACCUGCAUCGGCUGUGCUUCCACCUCAGCAGCCUUUACAAGUGCCAUCACAUGGUCCCACCUGCACCAAUUUUGCAGUGCUUCUUCUAACUUCUUGCGUGCCAUCUAUCCAAAAAGCUUUUUUAAUGCCUGCACCUGGCCUUUCAUUGUAAACAAAUCGAUGGUGGCUCCCUCUUGCCUUCAUGUCAUCUGCUCUAGGUCGUGGUGUCAGCUGGGUGUCGUCUGCCGUUUCACUUUGAUGCAUAUGGAAAUCUGACAAAAUGCUAUGCUCCCUGUGGCUUGAUCCUUGUCUCAUGUUGUCUGCAAAUUGCAGCACCUGUCAUGAAACUGGUGUAAUUCGGAGCCAUAAAAUACAGUACAUUUCUCUUGUAACUGUUGAAGAGAACAAGGAUGGCGGGUUGGAGCUUAUGACUACAAAGGGAAACAACGAUGCCACACUUCAGGCACAGGAAGUGUGUGAUCAUCUCGGAGAACAGAUGGCUGAGCAGACGACGCUUGGAUGUGCUGUGUUGCGGGUGGGCAUACCAGGCUCUGUAGUAGCCUAGCUUCAGAAGCCAUUUUCACUAUCUGUUGGCAUCUUGGCAAUGGUAGUAAUUACCUGUGCAUGUUAGGGGAUGGGCGGUUGGGACAGUUGCUCAUCAGCGCCACGUUUUCCUUUCCUCUUCUUUUAUUUUUUGUAUGUCCUCCUGGUGCACAGGUGUUCUCAAGAAACACCACGUAAUGCGCAUGCAGUAUACUUAAAGGUGUGACUGUGUUCUGAUUCA